AGAACGACGACUCGAGGAAUUGAAAAUGAAGAGCUACGGGGUCUCCUGAAAACUUUGCCAUUUUUAUGCGAUUCAGUUGUAACAAAAACCUGUACAGGUGUAAGUAGAAAUCACUGCACAAUAGCACGAAAACUGAACUGAAAAGUAUCAUAUCGCAUUUUUGCAAAAGUGUUCUAAAGAAAUACGCAAACGAAACAAAAAUUACCGCAAAUUUUACAUUCGUUUCUUUUGGGAAAAGAGUAUUCGAUACUGGAGCAGUUAGCCAGAGAACUGUCACUAAAAUAUUGCACCGAAACUAACGUUUGUUAAAAGUGGAACUCAAUCCGCUAUUAACGUCAGAGAUUAUUUUCAGUAAAUCGCAGAGUGUGCGAAAAGACGCGAGCGUCAAGAACGUGUGUAAAAGACACCAGAAAGAAACUAACCUCUUUUAACUCAAACAUUUAACCCUAGGACCUAUAACCCUAACGCAAAUUAAGGUAAGGGGCUUUAAAACCAGAAAUCUGCCAAGGCAUUCGCUACCAUGGAGAACCUCACUAAUAACAGCAAUGUCAUUGACUGCCCUCGCGCAUAUACAGCAGACGACACCAAAGCGGUCGUGCCUGUUAUUCUGGUCUGUAUUUGUUUCGUUGGAGUCGUGGGUAACAUGGGCGUUAUCUACGUCGUCUACAAAUUUCGCCAGAUGAAUCCACUGUUCCUGAAUUUAGCUGUGGCAGACCUUCUGUUCAGUCUCUUCGCAUUGCCGAUUUACUCCGCUUUCUACGCAACGAAGCAUACAAUUCUCAUAGGAGACUUCACGUGUAAGAUUCUCUACUAUUUGACAUACGUCACCAUGGGCGUCAGCAUCUAUUCUCUAGUGGCUAUUUGUCUGCUCAGAUAUUUCGGGAUUAAAUACCCGAUCCACAUAAGAACCAUGCUGGGGCGUGGUACAUCGUACAAAGCGGCAGGGGUCACAUGGUUGGUCAUGUUACUUCUGAACAUCCCGAUUUUGAUUCUGAUGACAGAGCAAGGUGGCAGGACCUGUGCACUUCGUUCUGGAGAGAUUUACUUAUACUAUAUCUACGUAGCAGUGGUGAGUGGUGUCGACUUUAUAGUGCCGGCUAUUAUCAUUGCCAUUUUAUCAACGUUUAUUAUCAUACAUGUGUUGCACAUACAAAAGGAGCAGCGACAUCUAUCGGAGUUUGAAAAAGAUGGAUUUCACAGGGCGUCCAAACGUGCCACAAAGAGGCUGAUGCUGUUGGUGAUUCUCGUUUUCAGCCUUUUUAUCGUCUGUUGGGCCCCAAUGCAUGUGCUAUUUUUGCGUUUGGUUUUAAACAUGGGCGUAGCAGACGACCGCCCUUGUAUUUGGAAACAAGUUACCGAUUACGCAUUUUUGAUUGCUCAGAUGCUCGCGUUCUGUAACUCCAGUCUCAAUCCUAUACUCUACAACUUUGUGUCGAAGAAAUUUCGAAUGACAUUUUCGAGGGCCCUGUGUCCACUUUACUAUAAGGAGAAAAACGAGGAGAAUACCACUGAUAUUUCACGAAGGAUGACCAUCUCGUAUCGCACAGACGCCGAUAUUGAUGCCUCAGAGAGUGCCUACCAACUGGCGCCCCUGAGACCGCUUAACUCAUUAAUAAAAAAGAACUGAUACCAAGAAGAUACAUAUUUUAAGUAAAUUAAGUAUUUUAAGUAGAUAAUUUAAUAAUACUUCAUGAGUUGCCUGAAC